AUGGCAGAGGUACUCCAGACGACCUUGGAAGAGCUUAAUAUUGAACAUAAAGUGCUCACGAUUAUAGCAGACAAUGCUGCUAACAAUGAGACUUUGAUGCCAGAAUUAUAUUUCAAUCUCAAAGAGAAAUUUGAUAAUAUGGUGUCUCCUGCCAAUGGCGAAAGAAAACUCCAGAGAUUUCAAGGGCUGGAUAGCUAUAUGUGCUGCAUAGCGCAUGCACUAAAUCUGAUUACUCCGGAUCAUGGCCCUUUGGAUAGCGAGAACACCCCAGCAAAAGUAGCAAUGGAAGCUCAUCUAUCAAACUCAUCGUUUGAAGGAUAA